AUGUUUGCAGAUGUAAUUGGCAUUUUGACUGGUGUUGGAGUUGAGAGGGAGAUUGUUACAAAUGGAAAGAAGUCAAAGAUGAAUGUGAUUGAGAUUGAGUCUGCCGGCCUCAGGGUUGAGUGUGCCCUCUUUGGCGCCUAUGUUGAUGAGUUAGCUAAUUUUCUAGGAGGGGGUGAACUCAACAACCCUGUUGUCAUUAUUCAGUUUGCCAAAGUGAAAUCAUUCCAGGGGAACAACAGUCUUCAGAAUGUGCAUGGUGCUACCAAAAUCCUGUUUGACCCUGAUCUUCCUAUGGCAUCUGUUUUGAAAUCAAAUUAUUUAGAUGCUAAUGCGAGUGCAUCCCAUACACUAAGUCAACUGUCAGAUUCCAAAUCCGUAUCUGGUGAAGAGGAUUUUUUGGUCUUAACUAGCAGCAAGUCCAUUGCUGAACUUAGUGAUAUUAAGAAGGACUGUGUGUGUGUCGUGUAUGGAACCAUACUCCCUAUGGAAGAAGGUGUGGACUGGUGGUAUACUGCCUGUAGAUGCAGUCGUAAGGUGUAUGCUGAUGAAAGGAUGUUUUUCUGCGAGGGAUGUAAUCGCCAUGUUAUUGCAGUUUACCCAAGGUUCCGUCUUCAAUUGAGGGUGGAAGAUAACUCUGGCAGUGCUAAUUUCAUCCUCUUUGACAAGGAAGCCACAGCACUGCUUGGCAAAACAUGCACUGAGAUGGUUGAUUCAUGUGACAGGAAUGAAGGUGGUACUGGGUUACCUGUUGAAUUGACCAGUGUGUUUGGGAGAUCUGCUCUUUUCAAAAUAGAGGUGAAGAAUUUCCAGGGUCAGAGGUUUGAUAGGUCCAGAUUUGAGACUUCGUAUCGUGUUAAGCGUGUUUGCACUGAUGAAUUGAUUAUCGAGCAGUUCAAACAUUUGCAGCUAGAUCUGAGUGUGGGUGCAUCUUCUAGCCGUGGCAUGCUGACCCCUCAGUCCACACUCAACAAAGAAGUCCUCCGGAAUGAAGACAUCGGGAAGGAUUUGCUGGAUGAGUUUGUCGUCGUCUCCAGUGAGAAGGUUUCAGAGCCUGAUUUGUCAUCUGAACUUCCAACCACUGAUCUGAAUGCAAAUACUCAGGAGACCAUAAGUCCAAAGAGGAGUCCCUCCCCUGACAACGAGGGUGUUCAGGUUCUGUCCAACAGGAAGAAGAAGGUGAUUCCAAAGGCAAAGAAGGAUAAGAUUUGAAACCUAUCAUAUUGACGAUGCAGCUGUUUGAAGUCAGAGUAUUAAGUCCAUGAUU